AUGCUCAUGCGGCUCCAUGGAUGGGCCGACGCAGACGUCUUGGCGCUGCUGUCGCUGUUCCGUAAAUACUUGGUCCACUACGUCUACACUUCCGACAAUGCGUUCGUUGAGGUGGUGCGUGCAGAACUAGCAGAAAAGCAGGUGUCGGAGAUCCUGGAGAUGGUGCGGGCGCUGAUGCACCAGUUUGCUCUGGGACUGAGCACCAAGAACUUUCGAAUGGAUGUGAUCGUGGCAAACGGACAAGAGGUCUACGUGUACAAACAUAUUUACGAAUCGAUCAGUGCUCUUCAAGAGAACAAGGUUGGUGGGAUGUGGUUGCCGGACGAGCUUCGUCGGCUUCUCCAGAAAGCUCGCCAGUAUCGUGAUUUGUCAUCAAGGAACGAGGACGUGUAUUUUAAGCGAAUUCAAGUGUGGAGCAAAUCGGUUGCGGAGACGAAGAUCAAGUUCCACGCGUUUCGUAGCAUUUAUGUACGCGAGAAGAAGCAGCGCACAUAUCAGCGAAAGAGAGUGGAGUCUGUGCGGCUUGAGCUGCUGGAAACGAUUUUUGGCGACGUAUCCGCUACUCGUAGAACUGGAGCGAUAGCAGCAUCCGGCAAGACUUUGAGACUGUGGUCAUCUGUUGACAUGGAGACGCUUGUGGACUUUGUCGUUCGAAUUACUAAGGAGAUCCAACGGACAGGGAGGUCGGACCUAGUGAACUAUGUCUCCGAGGCAGUGCAUCGAUCGGACGCAUCAUGUGUACAUAAGCUAGUCGACAUGAAAGACAAGUUUUUGAGAAAGUCGACAGCGGUUCGCGCAGCAAAUCUGCCAGCCAUCGUUUUCGAUCCAGCUUCAGAGGCGUACAAGAUCUUCUCUGCAAACUGGAACAAUCAGAGCGACCCAUACGCCCUUGGGUAUUUAGCACUGAGGAGACGAAGCCACAGGCUGACUGCUGAGCGCAGCAAAAAAAGGCGGAGCCAUAGCGCAUGGGUCCCACCGUCUAAACUUCGAUCUGCAACGUCGGUAGCUCACGAUUCGUCGACCUCCAGAGUAAACGCAACGAAUCCUACGACACUAGGCGUUUCCCCUUCGGUGACAGCCAAGUCUCUUUCAGGGGCCCAAAAUGCAGCAAGUGCUUUUUCUGCAAGCGAGCCCUGCACCAAGGAGACAGCUGCCGUUUCGCGACCGCCACCAGUCGUAAUCGCAUCAGCAAACAACGCUUUGUCCACGAGCGAUAGCACGACAUUUGUCCACGACAUUGCAGAGCAGUGUCGAUGGACGGAUGAGGUGGUGCACAGUGUGCUGCGGUGCAUGCAACAAUCUUUUGAACUGCACCGGUCCAAUAGGUUGAUUGCUUUCUUUUCUGCAAUCGCAAGCCAGAUUCCAGGCGUCGCGUUUCAGGAUGUCUUCGUACACGCUCAAUUUAUUCUGACCCGGUUUGAGCAGAGAUUCGGUUCAUUAGACGGGUUUGAGAACCUGGCACUGGACAUCUAUUUGUCGACGUCAACUGAACAUGAAACAGUUGGCCGGGACCACUCAUGUGACAGCAGGAUCGCAACUAGUGGUUUUACGCAGUGCAGUACUGGCAAUUGCUCGCGGGACGGUAGCACACAAGCUCCUAUGACUGCGGACGGCUCUAAAGAGAGUCACGUGAGGACGGAACGAGCGACUGGUUUGUAUACUUUUCGCGAAACAGUCGUCGGUGAAAAGGAACAUGACCGUGAACUGGUGCGGCAUGUACCUGCAGCCCAGCGUACUUCUCAUCCAGAGAACGAGAACGAGGCUGUUAAGAAAGGCGACCGUGAGCAUGUUCACGAGCGACUACCUUGUGCUGAGUCGCCCACUCGGACACCACAAACAGGUGACGAGGAUACUGCUGACGUCCAGAGUUUAAGCACCGUUGGAAAGCAGUCGAGUCCAGAGGGCAUCUGGGACGAAAGAGACGACGGGUAUUCUGACGCAGACAAUGGUGAUCUCAACAAUCUGCCGAUCGACUCAUUGGAUGGCGCAUCGAGCAACUUUGAUGAAGCAAAAAGUAGUCAUCACAGUGCAGAGAGCGAUUCGUGUAUGAGCAAGCCAUACGUGUCACCAAGGCAGCAUGAUUGUGACAGCUCAAGCAAAUCGUCCAGACGGGGCAAAGACGAGCAAUACGGAAAGAGUUCUGCCAAAAAGCGUCGACUGUACGAUAAAAACGAAGCAGUAUCCGACGACGAUGGAUCGGAUCACGAGAGCGGCGUCGAAGACGAAAGCUCCGAUGACGCUGACGAUGGUGAUUACACCAAUGACGAUGCGGACAAAUUCGCCGACGUCAGUUGCCAUUAUUCGGGUGGAAAGGAUCACGACACUAGCCACCCGCUACGGAGUAUACUUGACUCAUUGGGGUCGCAGAUCGCUGGACUCCAAGACAAGCAGCGUGUGCUCAUUGUGCAGAAAGAAGAUCGUGAGUGGCGUCAGCGAGAACGUGACGACCUGGCACUCGAUUGUGCGCCGCGGCAUUUGUCUGCGCGGCCAGUAGGAAUUUGCGAUGAGCAAAUAACGCUUUCGCGUUAUGAAUCGCGCGUCCGACGUCAUUGCUGA